AUGGGUUCAAUCUACUACAUCUUCGUGAUAAACCGAGCCGGCUCCCUAAUUUAUGACUAUGAAAACCAUGAGAACGACGAGAAAGUGAUUGAUCGCACGUUGACAUGGCCAACUGGAAUGGUAAUAGAAUUAAUUGAUCAGAGGCCGACAGUCGUAUUUGGAGAAAGAGAUGGAGUUCGGACGAGAUUUUGGGUUAAUUCGGUGAACGGAAAACCCAUAAAGAGUGAGUGUUCUGUUUUUUAUGUUCUUUGUUUAGGUCCAAAGAUAACUAUUGAGAACACUUAAUUUCCUUUUUUGUCAUGAAAACCCCAAAUUUUGAUAUCAGUUAUAUUGCACUUGGCAAUUUCAGACAAUCGCUUCACAGACGAAGAUGAGGUGGAACGAAACUUCAUCGACUAUAUCAACGAUGAAGCCAACUAUCCAGUCCGGCUCUCCUUUUCUCCUCCAUCCCUCACAGCGAACGAAAAAAUAAUUUUAUCUUCAAUGUUCCAUUCCCUCUAUACCAUUGCCAGUCAGUUGAGCCCCGUGGUCAAAAGCUCAGGAAUAGAAGUUCUGGAGACUUCCCAGUUUCGCCUACAUUGUUUUCAGACCAUGACUGGCAUCAAAUUCAUAGUGGUUGCAUCUCCAAUCAUCGAUCGACCGGUGAAUAAGCUGCUCAGAAGGAUCUACGAACUAUACGCAGACUUUGCGCUGAAGAAUCCUUUCUAUUCGAUUGACAUGCCUAUCAGGGCGGACAAGUUCAAUGAAGCCAUUAGGAAUGUGGUUCAACAGCAUGAGAAACAGCCAGCCGUUCAGAAUGUGUAG